AUGAGUGAGUAUCAGGAAUCUAUGGAUUCUACGAUUGUGAAUGAAAGUGAUACCAAAUAUGAAAUAUUUAUUCCAUCCAAUUGCUCAAAGAAAUGGAUAUCCAAAGAGGAGUGUCCUGGAUUUUUGGAAGAUGCUUGGCUUUUGAAGGCAGCAAAUCAUAAACGCAAGUUAGACCAGUCGCUCGAUUCUUCUUUGGAUGGUGAACAACCUCCAAUUAAGCAACAUGAGACGAGCUUCCUCCACCAUGAAUUUGAUCCGGCAGAAAACGAUUUUUUGACGCAAGAUGUCGGCGACUACCCCUCAACGCAGCAACUAUUCCCUACAAACAAGUCCUCCAAUUCGGAUUCGCUAUCGUUACCUUCCUCUGGAUUUCCCAAACCCGAAUAUUCCGUUUUGGACGUAGGGCUCUCUAUGUCUCCCAUCCAGCGUAAAAUGAUGCAUCGCCUUGUCCAAUAUUUUGCUUUUUGCAUCGACCACUUCUGCACAGGUCCAAGUGAUGCGCGCAUCCAAGAAAAAAUUCGCUUAUUUUUACAGUCAGCUCAUAAGAUUGCUAAACACCCUUGGCUUUACGAAAAGGAGGUUCGCGAUGGGUCACACUCGCCGUCUGCUAAACCAGACGAGAAUAAAUCACUCACUGUCCCAAACAUAUCCGAACACGCCAAAGCCUCUUCUAAAUUCCUUUUCUUGAAGGAAUUUUUAGAGUCUGUUUUACCCAAGCUUCAUACACCAGUUUUCUGCUUUGUUUCCAAUGAUGUUCUUGGUAAUUUGCUCACGACAUGGCUAUCUUCAGUAUCGAUUUUGGUACAAUCUUGGUCGCCAGACAUAGAAAUUCAAGAUAACACAGACGUUUCAUUCUGGGUAUGCUCUUCAAGGCAUGCCCCAUUUACGGCUACUCUUUUCAACUCUGAUAUUCGUUUUGGUGCUGUAAUAUUUUACGACAUGGAUGCCUAUAUGGGCGUUACUAGCACAAUUUCUUAUUUUCCUUGUCCAAUUCUUCGACUUCUUCAUAUAAAUUCGGUGGAACAUGUCAUCAGAAGCUUCCAGUCUUCUUAUAAUGCAAGCUUUCUUGUCAACAUUGUUGGCGUGUUGGCUGCUCUUAAUUCCUCUACGGAAGAAAACGCUCAGGUCGCAGACCUUAAUGUGUUUUCGAACCGUGCCGAGCAUACUGGUGCUAUUACCGAUGCUGAUGCAAAGUCUGUACACCUUGCCGAUGUUACAAAUGAGGCAGCAGGUAAAGUAGCUGAAUGGAUUAAUAAUGAAGCCUCGCCUAACUCUUGGCCAUUGCAGCCUUUAGUAGACCUUGCUUAUUUCGCCGUUGCAGAACCUAAACCCUCUCAAGAGUCCCCUUCUCGUGUUAAUGAAACCGUCUUAAAAUAUCCAGAUGACAACCUUUUCACCUUCCAAGUAUCUCAAACUCCUUCCAAAGGAUCUCAGGAAGUAGCUUCUUCCUUUUCGAAUCCGGCAACUAAAUCAUUUCCUUCGCAGCGAGGGCCAGAUACCUCUGAUUUUGGACAAAAUUAUGAUUUACAGGGUGCCGCUGUCCAGUAUUUGCAGAGAAGAUUACGAAUGGUUGAAGAUGAGUUGCACGAAGCUGUCAACGUGAAAAAUAUAAAACAAACUCAUGCUGAUGAAUUGGAACAACAAAUAGCUAAACUUACAGAUACUUUACAGGAUUAUCGAGAACAAGUACGAGGACUCAAAGUCGAACUCGAAAAAUCCCAUCAAAAGUUGGAAACAGGAAAGAAGAGUGAUUCCGAAAGGUCAAAUGAGGUUGCUGAUUUAAAACAGCAAAUUACACAUUUAUCCAAACAAUUGGAUUUUGGCUUUAAAUACAUUCAAAAUAUGCCAGAAGACGAAGUUCGUGGCCAACUCGUAGAUUCCAAUGAACAAAAAUAUAAACUUAGCCAGCUUAAUAAAACUCAAAAAGAAGAUUUGGAUUUUAUUACGCAGCAAUAUCAAAGUGCUUCCACAUCCGCUAGCGAGCAAACCAAGGAAGUUGCCAGACUACAAGCUGAAAAUGAACGACUUAAAACGAUUAAUGAAAAAGUUAUGGAAGAAGUAAAAUCUUACAGUGAUGCUAGAGCUGACGCUUUGCUUGCUAAAGUUUCAUCACUUGAAGAGUCUCUUGCUAUACUAAAAAACAGGACCUUACCGCCUCUAUGA